UUCUCAUAGCAAUCUUUGUAUAACUCAAUACAAUGCAAUACAAUAUAAUAUAAUAUACAAGUAACAUCAUCCAAAAACUUCUGCAGGUAACUUCAUUAUGUGUUACAAUGCUUCUAGAAAUUAGCUAAAUUUAUUUUGGAUCAAACAGAUAAUCAAAUAGUCAAAGUAAUACUGCAUUAUCUUAUGUCCAGCAUCUACAGUAUGUCACUGCAUAUUCAACGGUCCAUUUGGUGUGACGACCUACUUCCCUUUUAAGACAUGUGAAAGACCAGGGGACAAGAUCUGAAAGGAGAAGUAACCAUCAUAUAGCCAUGACAUUUAUUAACAACACACAUAACAAAUUUGUUCACAUAACAAAAAUGUUCACAAGAAUAACACAUCGGAGGAGGUAAAAUAUUCCUUCACAUAUGGUGUGUGGCUGCUCUGAAUGCUUGGUGAAAGGUAAACUAACUUCUUUUAUUUAUUUUUAUUUUUUUUAUAUUGAUAUGACAACUGAACAGAGUGUGACAACACAGGCUUCAUUGAUCAAAAAGACACUAAACUGUCGCACAAUCAGGGAUUUUGCUGCAUCAGUUGAUGCAUUUGGAACUUUAAUAUCAGUGCAUCCAUGUGUCUCUGGAUUUUGAUGUGUAAAUCUUGCUCACUUGGACAUGACAAUUAUUCUGGAGCAUCAAAUGAUGAAUAAGUCAAUCUACAACACAUCCAGUGGCAAACCUACCAUUCCACCAAAACCAAACCUUAAUGCUUCACGCCAGUCAAGCCACUUUGGAUCCUCUAGCAGAGUGGUUCAUGCUUUGCGUAACUUUGAACAAGGAAUGGGCAAGCAAACGGCAGUAAACUACAACAGUAAAGAAAGAAGAUAUUUUGAAAAUAUAAGCCAAGAUGGAAGUUCUGUGGUAGCCGAAGCUAGAUUGUCAUGUCCACCCAGGACAAAAGACAGAGUAGAGGAUAUAUCUUCAUUUUCAAGACUUGCGAAAGGUGGACAGAUGAUGGGGGAAAGAAAUCUUCAACCGGCAGUAGAUGAUGUGGAUAUGGGUCGAUCAGCUCCUGAUGGCAGUGAGGUAAAUAAUGUGAGUUGCACCAUAGAGAAUCAUCAGGGAUCAACUGCGCCACCUUCCCAUUCAGCGGAGAAACACUGUCAUUGCCUCUGCCAUCUUCAAAGGCCUGGUAUGAAACUAGUCUGGGUACCUCUACACAAGAAGAAAAAUGACAUGGAUAUUGUUAUUGAAAAGAAUCACAUACAUCAAGACAAAGGAAGUCACAGAAAUAAGGAUGUUUUACACCUAACCAGCAAUGAAGUCAGUUGUCCACAGAACAGGCCAUCACCCAAUUCAAAACCCCAAGUGUUGCCUCCAUGUAUAAAUUGCCAAAGUUUCCUACUUCACCACAGCCCUUACAAAUUAGCAGGAAAUGGAUUUGCACAUGCUGAUGAGUCAGUUCAAAACCACUCAAAACCCCCUUUACCACCAAGGACUUAUCAGUCUUCGGAGUAUAAAAAUAUUCAACAGUCUGCACAGCUGGACCAUACCGAUGCUAAUUUAUAUUUGGAUGUUUUGCCAUCAAAUGACAAUAAAGUUACCCCUCCAGCUGUCCCUCCUCGACCUCUCCCACGACGUCCCCUACAUCCUCCGUCCCACCGAAAAACAAAGAAAUGGACUUCCCAGCCAGCACUGGCAUGUGUAGUCUCUCUUCGAGGCGGCGGUCCACCAAUCAGAAACACAAGCAGCAGUGAGAAUGCAAAAUUGUCUCGCCGCAUAUCUAUACCAACCCCAUUAGGUGAGAGCUAUGAAAAUGGUGAUUCUGGAGACUGGGAGUCUGUUGACACGGAAGCGCUGUGUGAGAAAACAGGAAGUCCACAGAAAACCUCCAGUGACUCGGAGCCAAACAGCUAUGAACCUCUACAUCAGAUCUACCAAGCAAAGGUCUCUAAAGAAGCCAGUCAUAUCCGGUCUGAUAGUCCUGAUUGCAACAGGAGGAGUGUUAGUGAAACCCAACGCCUUGAGGGUCCCGGGGGACUGGGGGUUGUUGGUAUCCGAUCUAAGAGAGGCCUUAAAGAGAAUACACUCUGGCAGGAUUUAAAAGUGGUGAAGGAAAGUGGAGUGUUACAUAAACUCACUCGCACUGAAAAACAGAGACAAGAGAGCAUGUUCGAAGUGCUCACCUCUGAGGCCUCCUACCUGCGCUCCCUGUGUGUUCUGAAGGAUCAUUUCCUGGGGUCACGGGAACUCAGUGAGACUCUGGUCAUUCAUGAUAGGAAGGCCCUCUUCUCCAACCUCUUGCAGGUCUAUGAAGUCAGUGAGAGGUUUAUAGGGGAUCUGCUGAAGCGAGUAGAAGAGAAUGUGGUGAUAUCUGACGUGUGUGACAUAAUUUAUGAGCACUCAGAGAACCAUUUCUCAGUCUUUAUUGAUUAUGUCCGAAAUCAGCAGUAUCAAGAGAAGACCUACAGCAGACUGAUGGAGAGUAACAGAGAUUUUUCUCUUGUGAUGAGGCGGCUGGAGUCAUCUCCGCUCUGUAAACGUCUGCCCUUCACAUCCUUUAUGCUUUUGCCCUUCCAACGAAUCACACGCAUCAAAAUCCUCAUACAGAAUAUUCAAAAGUGGACUGCAAAGGGCACUAAAGAAGAGGAAACAGCUUCCAAGGGCCUGGCUUCAGUGUCUAAGCUAAUCACACAGGCAAACACACAGGUGGGGCAGAUGAAACAGAUGGAGGAGCUCAUUCAAAUAUCUAACAAGCUGGAGUUUGACAAACUCAAGGCCAUUCCAAUUAUUUCCAGAACACGCUGUCUAGAAAAACAGGGAGAACUACAAGAGCUUUGUAAAAGAGGGUCCCUCUUCAACAUCCGCAACAAAUAUACCCCAGUGUACAUGUUCCUCUUCAAUGACCUUCUCAUUCUUACCACAAAGAAAAGUGGUUGUCCAGACCGCUUUGUGGUGAUCGAUCAUGCUCAUCGGUCUCUGGUUCAGGUUCAGGCCACAGAAAACAAUCUUGGGCCACAGUUGGAUCACUGUUUCUGUCUAACCCUCCUGGAAAACUAUCGUGGGAGCACCUGUGAACACUUACUUAAGGCUAAUACAGAGUCAGACAUGCAUAGGUGGAUGGCUGCUUUCCCAUCAAUUAAAGCAGCACUCGGGGAGGAAAAGAUUUAUGAGGACUGGGACUGUCCUCAAGUGCAGUGCGUCAGGCAGUAUGCGGCAAAACAGGCAGAUGAACUUAGCUUGGAGCCAACUGAUGUCAUCAAUGUGCUGCGCAAAACCAGUGAAGGUUGGUAUGAAGGCAUGCGUCUCUCUGAUGGAAAGAAGGGCUGGUUUCCAGCAGAGAAUACAUUAGAAGUCAUUACUGACCACCAGAGAAGGCGGAACAUGAGGGAGAAAUAUAAAAUCGCACAAGGAACGACCCAAAACUCUCCAAGUUGAUUCCUAUAUACUUGCUGCCCAUCUCAUUUGCCCUCACUCCCCAAAAGCUUUCUUCCACUCACUCACACACAAAGACACUAUAAAAUGGUCUAGCACACACACACACACACUUACUCAUUCAUUCAUUUACCAUUGAAGCAGGAAGCUGGGGCCAAUUAGUAACCCCCUUGCUAUCAUUAUCUUUAGAAUAUGAAGAACAUCAAUACGUUUUUAAGAAUGUUGAAAGGGAAGCCUGGAUUGUGAAAAAGACAUUUUAUUGGACAGAUCUGCUGUUGUCAUGAGGUGACUAACAGGACAGGCCCCUUCCAUUGUGCUGUCAGGCUCCACCUUCAGCUCCAUAGAAACAGUGCAAGCAAGUUUUAUUGCUACAAUUAUAAAAACAAAAAAAAUUAAUUUUAAUCUCAAUG